AAUUGGACAUGCGAUGGGGGCGUGUAUGUGUGUGUGUUUGUUUUCAAAAUAAUUCAAAUAUUAUGAAUAAACGUGACAAAUAUGUUUAGGCAAUAUUUAGGAACACUAACGUUUAUGUUAUUAGUAAUUUACGCGAUAGUUAUCGGAAAAAGGGAUAUUUUGACUGAUUUAAUUGAAGAAAGUGCGCAAGUUGAUGAGUGGCUCGAGCAAAGUGAUUUAGGGGAAUAUAAGAAAUUGUUUAGAGAUUAUGGUAUUUCCACGCUAUCAGGCUGUGCGUCGCCAGAGCAUCUGGACAGGCUGCCUGAGCUGCCGGCGGCGGAGGAGAAGCGCCUGCGCAGAGCUGCACAGGUGCUGCAGCAGAAGUUGGUGCUGCGCCAGUGGCUGGCGACUAGGUCCCUCCAGCAUGUGUAUACGAAGCUACUUAGUCUGGAUGUAUCCUCCUUAGAGGAUGUGUACUGGCUGGAGGACUCCAUAGCUCGGCAUGUUAUCGACGCCAAGGACUUCAAUGCGUGGUCUUUGGCGCGGCAGAGCCUGCCCACUGGGAAGGAAGAGUUGCAAGCAUUAAAGAACGAACUGUGGAACACUGUGGUGAAAAACAGUAAGCACCAAGACGCUUGGACGUGGGGAGGGAUGUUAAUAGUGUCGGUAUCGGUAUGUGGGCUGGUGACGCUGGCUGCGAUGACGCAACCGUCGCUGGCCCCGGAGGCAAAGCACUCGCUGCUGCAGUACGUGACGGGGAAAUAUCUGCAUCCUCCCAGUUGUAAGGUGGAAUGGGGUUGGGAAGAGCCGCAGCCAGUGGGCGAGACCAUGUGCUUCACCGUGCACUGCUACCAGCGCAACGGACACCCCUACCCCAUCUGCGACACCGAUGACUUAACCGUCCACAUCUCGCACGGAACUAGAAAGGUUACAGCAGUCGUAGAGUUGGGUUCAGGACAGCCGGCCUUAGCGCAUACCGCAAGAGUGAAGUUCACGGUUCGAACCGCCGGAGUUUACGUUAUAUCUGUUAUGAUUGGCGGCGCGUCGGCGGCGGGCGGCCCGUUCCGCAAGUGGUUCGUGGCGGGCGGCGUGGCGGCGCGCCGCUCGCGCGUCAACCGCGCGCCCGCCGCGCUCGUGUGCGCCGCCGGCCGCCCGCGCGCGCUGCACGUGCACCCGCGCGACCACUACGACAACCCCGCCACGCUCGCCAACAACGACGCGGAGGGGUUCUCGAUAGAAAUAAAGCCCAUCGGUGGGGAAUCAGAUGAGUCAAUAUCAACAGCUGCACAGUUCGAGUACGACAGCGUGAAUCAGCGCGUCAGCGUGACGUUGUGCUUUCCUCGCGCUGGCGUGUUCCGAGCUGCUAUAUAUUACGAGGGCGUACUGUUGCAUAAUGGACAAUUUGACUGUAUUGUGCUUACUCCAAGCGACGCGGCCACAGUGCAGCGGCAGCUGUCGUCGAAGCGCGCGACCGUGUCGUACGAGGCGAAACUGUUGUCGCCAGGCAAGCAGCGCCGCGUGCUGUGCUGCCUCAGCCCUAAGCAGCUCAUCAUCAAGGACUACAUACUGAAGAUCAUACCCAAGAGGAUCACGUCGUUUAGAGUGUGCCCGUCUACUAAGCUGAUCGUGGAGGGGCAGCGCAGCGCCGAGCUGGUGCUGGAGGACGGCGCGCAGGCGGCGCUGCGGCUGCAGUGCGCGCGCCGCGACCUGCUCGCCGCCACCUUCACGCAGCUGCUCAUCGCCAACUGCGGCGGCGAGGACAGCUUCAAGAACAAGCAGGAGUUCUUCUACAGCGAGCUGCGCGGGCGGCACGCGCGGCAGCCGCACGACAAGCUGGCGCUGCGCGUGCGCCGCGCCGACCUGCUGCGCUCCAGCCUCAAGGCCACCAAGCACUUCACGCUCGCCGACUGGUGCAAGAACUUCGACGUCGCCUUCCACGGCGAGCAGGGCGUGGACUGGGGCGGCGUGCGGCGCGAGUGGUUCUCGCAGGUGUGCGGCGCGCUGUUCGACGCGCGCGCCGGCCUCUUCGUGUCCUACACCGACUCGCCCGCCGGCCUCGUGCACCCCAACCCCGACCGCCCGCCGCACCUCAAGCUGAAGCACUUCGAGUUCGCGGGCAAGGUGGUGGGCAAGUGCCUGUACGAGAGCGCGCUGGGCGGCUCGUACCGCCAGCUCGUGCGCGCGCGCCUCGCCCGCUCCUUCCUCGCGCACAUCAUCGGCCUGCGCGUGCACUACAAGUACUUCGAGCAAGACGAUCCAGAGCUAUAUCUGUCCAAGAUCAAGUACAUCCUGGAAACUGACCUGGAUGCGGCAGAAGCGGCUCCCGAGAUAUAUUUCUCUGAUGAUGUUUACGAUUCCACGGGAAAGCUAAAGGAGACCAAGGAACUGGUGCCCAAUGGUGCAUCUAUACGGGUGUCAAACAGCACGAAGAUGCAGUACCUGGACGCGCUGGCGCAGUGGCGGCUGGCGGGCCGCUGGCGCGCCGAGAGCGACGCCUUCCUGCGUGGCCUCACCCUGCUCGUGCCCGACAACUUGCUCGCCAUCUUUGAUGAGAACGAGCUCGAGCUGCUGAUGUGCGGCACGGGCGAGGUGUGCGUGGCGGACUGGCGCGCGCACGCGCUGGUGGCGGGCGCGGGCCGGGACUUCGAGCGGCGCCUCGCGUGGCUGUGGGCCGCGCUCAACAACUUCACCAACGAGGAGCGCGCCCGCCUGCUGCAGUUCACCACGGGCUGCUCGCAGCUGCCGCCCAACGGCUUCCAGGACCUGAACCCGCGGUUCCAGAUAACGGCGGCGCCCACGUUCGGCGCGCUGCCCACGGCGCACACGUGCUUCAACCAGCUGUGCCUGCCCGACUACGACUCGUACGAGCAGCUCGUGCGCGCGCUGCUGUGGGCCAUCAACGAGGGCGGCGAGGGGUUCGGCAUGAUCUGAACCAUUCAUUGUACCAAUAUAUUACAUGCCCCGUCAUCGAUUUGAGAAUCGAAGAUCAGAGGUUUCCUGGGUUACUGGGUCUAUUAGAGGAACGCUGUUGUCGUCAUUCAGGAAUGUUACAUAUAACGUUACCUAGGAAGCUUUGCAUUUUAUAACAACCAAGCUACAUUGAUUUUGGUAAAAAAAAUUACAUUUCAACACUGUACCUUAUAAUAUUAUAUAAUCAUAUGAUCUGUUUAAAAAAGAAAUAUCGAAGAUCCUAAUAUUGUACCUUGUGGUACUCCAAUAUAUAAUUUAUGGAUGACGUUGUGAUAUAACUUAAAAGACGUGCAUUUAUUUUUAAAGCAUUUGUUGUUUGUUUUUGGUUUUUUUUCCGUCGUUCUUUAGUUAUAGCUUUAGCUGAUAAAUAAAUAGAGCAUUACCUAAAAAUACUAGAUAUAGCUUGAUAGAACUGGCAGCAACUGUAACCAAAGCGUAUAAAUCUAGUCAUAAUUUAUUGAAUGAACUAUUUCAUUUGAAAUACAUCAGAGACUGUAACCGUGAGAUGGCUGCGGCUUUAUUAGAGCUCUAAAACCAACUUGUCUGUAAGUCAAUGUCUCAUCAAAAU